AACAUCUGUGACAUUUCUGAGAAAGCCAGCUGAGUUACACGAAGGCAGGUUGACUACAGGGACUCUUACCCGCUGACAACUGAUCAUCUUUCUAGACACUAUACCUCAUGGAAACUUUGAAAUGCUGUAUUUCACUUUAUGGAUAUGUUAUGUUUCUGUUCCUUACAACGCUCAGCACAGGGUCAGCAUGUGAAGCUCCUUCAAGUCCUCAGUGCUUCAGGAAAAAUGUUGCCGCGACUGAAUACAUGUGUGAAUGGAGCAUGAACACGACUGAGAGUGAUGUCACAUUUGAUCUGUACAUUGAAUGUUUCCAUAGUAAAAAAAAAUUCAGAGGCAUUAAAAAGACCUGGUUGGAAAUUACUGAGGAGGAGCUGAUCAAAUCAAGGCCAGUUAACAUUUCGGUGGAAGCUCAUGAAGGAAGCUCCAGCUGCACAUCACCCAUAAGGACAGUGGUACUUCAGCACACAGUUAAAUAUGAAGUGCCACAAAAUAUUUCAGUAUCCUGGUCAACGAACAACCUCAGCUUAAUCUGGAACGCUGCAGAGAAGCAUCCAGCUGCAGCUGAGGUCUGGUUUCGACCAGAUGAACGCCCCACAGAAUCAUGGGGAAGAAUAUUAACAAAUGCCACCUACCGCUACACCACCUAUAAGACGUUAGUGUACCAGGUCACUGUUGUGAAUCUCUUGAAGCAUACACCCUACCAUGUCCGGAUCAGACAUCGGUCCACUCAGGCCCUAAACUCACUGUGGAGCAAUUGGUCUCCAGUUGUGAUGGUUCCCACAGAGAUUGAACAUGAACCUGAAGUCAACAUGACAACAACACAUUUAAAUGGCACUCGAAAGGUGACGCUAACAUGGAAGCCAAUGCCUCAUGCAGCAGCAAUCGGAGGAGUUACUUACAUCCUAAAUGACACGCAGUCCUCUCAUGGAUGUCCUUGUGUGAAGAAGCAUCUGCACAACGUGACUAAACAUACUGCUGACAUGUAUGUGUCGUACUCUGCUGUUAACAUCUCUGUUAUUGCCAGAAACGCAGCUGGCUAUUCUCGUCCAGCAAUCAUACAAGUACCGGCCAAGCCUCCUGCAGAUUUAAAAACUUGUGACCAAACUUUGGUGAAAAAUACAAAAAAUUGCCAGGAGUGGUAUGAGCUUCAAGAUGGAGAGUCAAGGCCAGAAAAUGUGAUAACUUUAACAGCAAAGACAGAAGAAAAACAUAGGGAGGAAAUAAAGAACAUACAGUUAAAGGAUUACAUUCGCUACCUUUACUUUGAGCACAAAUGUGAAGCCAGGAAACCACAGACAGUUACAAUGUGCCUCUUUUAUAAAAAGGAGGGUGCACCAUGUGAAAAACCCCAGGACUUUAUUGCUUUUAGCGAAACAGGCAGUUCUGCCAACUUAUCCUGGAGAGCAAUACCCUUGGUGAACCAAAGAGGUUUCCUCACACACUACAGACUCUGCAGCAUGAAAAUCAACCCAGGGGAUGAGCCGAAAGAUUUAGUUUCAUCAGACUGCCAUAAUAUAUCAGCUACACUGACAAAAUACCACCUGGGUAACCUGACCCCGGGGUCAAAAUACAACGUCAGCCUGGCCGGAGUGACACGGGUGGGAGAAGGUCCUGAAGCCACUGUAACUAUCAUUACACUACCAGAGACGCCUGUGAACGUCUGGUUAAGUUUGGGUCUGCUCAUUGUGUUCUUUUUAAUCACAAUAUUGUGCGCCAUUAUCUUGAAGAGAAUCAAAACCAACAUCUUACCUCCUGUGCCAACACCUGUUAUUCUAGAUUUCGAGCCCUAUCAACCGGAGAGUCAGCAGAUGGUGGAGGGGAAAGAGGAGGUGCAUGAGCUGAUGCUGCUUCGGCAGCAUCCAGAAGGCAAGUCUGUCUCAGUGGAUGCAGAGGGGACCACUGUCCUCCAAGAGGAGUGGGGCGAUGGAACUGCCGAGGACGUGGAAAAUGAGAGGGGAGAUUCAAGUAUGUCAGGAGGGAGCAGUGAUGAGAGCCUUGACUCUACAGACGAGGUGCCAAAGAGCUCCAGAGAAGAAGAAAUAAUAGAUCUGGAAGCAGUAGAGAAUGAGAUCGCCAUGCUGAUUUACAGGAACGGUUUGGUCUUUGAUUUGAAGACAGACAUGACUUAAAAUAUGUAAGUUUGGGUUUUACUGCCGCACAGCACAAAAUUGCACAAAAUCUUAACAUAUUUGUUCAUUUACCGAAUGAGUACCUUUCCUGUUUGAGUAGUUUUAUCUUUUUGAACAAUAAUGUAUCUGCAAAAGCAUCUUGUGAUGAAGAACGUGUUGUGUUUUGUGUUGGACAUUAGUGUAUUUUUGUACACUGUCAGUGACAUUUUACAUAAAGAGGUGAGAGGGCUAUAUGAAAACAGAAGGAUUAACCAGUCAGACUUCAUCAAUGCAUGCUAUUAAUAAACCCCUUUUUAAAAUAUAGUGGAGAAUAAAUCCUCAUGUGUGUUAACAUACUUGGCUAAAUAAAGUGAUCAUCAUUAACUUUCAAUACAAAUCAGAU